UGUCUCUCUCUCUCUCAUAAAAUGUCUCUCUCUCUCCAACUCUCACUUCCCUCACUAAUGGCGAACCCUCUCUUCCCUCGACCCAACCUCAUUCCCCUCCCCCCAAACUCUCACGCGCGGCACCUCCUCCUCCCGCCUUGUCCUCACGCGCCUGUCCGCGUCUCCGUGCAGCGCGAAAUCACAGAACAAGAAGCCGAGGAGAGAGGUGACAUUGGGAACUUGAAGAAGCCUUUAGGGCUCCAAACCCCGUCGCCGGAUGGGAAACAGUCCGACGAUUCGUAUCUCUUCUCGGCCGGUCUCCGGCGAGAGUCUCUGCCCAAGCACGUGGCGGUUAUCAUGGACGGGAACCGCCGCUGGGCCCGCCUCAGGGACUUGCCGGUGGAUUCGCGCUACGAGGCGGGUCUCCGGUCACUGAGAGCGGUGGUUGAGCAUUGUUGCAAAUUAGGCAUUGAGUUUCUCACCGUCUUCGCCUUCUCGAUUGACAUUUGGUUCCGUCCGAAAGUGGAAGUUGAGUUCCUGAUGAGUCUAUUCGAACAAGGAGUAAAAAAUGAAUUAGGAAGCUUUCUCCAAAAAAUAGUCUUUCUUUUCUAUGUGGAAUUUAGGAUUUUGCUUUUGGGAUUACUGGCUAGAAACAAUUGUAAUGAAAUGUACUUGAUUGAUUCACUAAACAGGGAAAACAUCCGAGUUUCUAUAAUUGGGGAUACGACUAAGCUCCCAAGUUCACUGCAGGAAUUGAUAGCCAAUGUACAGGAAAGCACAAAGAAUAAUUCUCGUCUCCAACUGGUUGUUGCAGUGAGCUAUAGUGGGCAGUAUGACAUUGUUCAAGCUUGCAGAAAGAUUGCCAUCAAAGUAACGGACGGUGUUCUCGCUCCUGACGAUGUGACUGAGUCUCUGGUUGAAGAGGAACUUGUGACGAGUUGUACAAAGUUCCCCUACCCCGAUCUGCUUUUACGGACUAGUGGUGAACUUAGGAUUAGCAAUUUCUUCUUGUGGCAGUUGGCAUAUACAGAACUGUUCUUUUCACCAUCCCUCUGGCCUGAUUUUGGAAAAUUUGACUUUCUAGAGGCUUUACGAACCUUCCAAUGUAGACAACGACGUUAUGGAGUAAAGAGUAUUGAGUAGUUAGUUAUUUUUCUCUUUCUUUCUUGUUCUUUUGUGAAAGGAGGAACAUAGAAUAGUAACUAUUGACGUCCACUAAGCAAGUUCCAAUAACCACUUGAGUUUCUCAUUGGGACAUACAAGAGCUGACUCUGCAAACUGCCUUGGAGUUUUCUGAAAAUUGUCUGAAGAAAGCUGCAUCUUUCUCCUGGGAGAAUUUGGGUACUGAAAUAUUACUUUCAUGUUUAUCUUGUUAACAAUUUAAGACGAGCAAGCUCAUCCGAAGAUGCAUGUACUUUUCUUGAUAUUACUUCAGUCUCCAGAGUGCAAGUGCUCUCUGUACCUAAGCCCGUGAUAACAGCAUCAGCUAAAUUGCUGGGAUGGAGUGAACUGCACCAAGCUUGCCAGAUUGCUUCAAAUGAUAUGUAUAGUAUCAGGUACACGCAUUAUGCUACACGACUACACCAUUUUGACAGAAAAAGAAAUGCUGAAUAACAUAAUCUUUGUCCAAUUGUUUACACAUAUUGU